AGUUGCAAUGUCUCGCUGGUGCGGUAAAGUGGCCUUGAUAACCGGCGCUAGCGCUGGCAUAGGAGCCUCAAUCAGCACCAAACUCGUCGAAGACGGCCUCCAGGUGGUGGGGCUGGCCCGUCGUUCGGACAAACUCCAAGAGCUCGCCUCUCGACUCCAAAACCUCCCCGGCAAAUUUCACCCAAUUAUGGCCGACGUCACCGUCGAAGAGGACAUCAUGGCGGCCUUCACCUGGGUCAAGACCCAUCUCGGGACCCUCCACAUCCUCGUCAACAACGCCGGGAUCGCCAAACCGGCCAGCUUGAUCGAUGGACCAACCGAAAUUUUUAAAAAAAUUCUAGACACUAACGUCCUCGCCCUCACUGUUACCACAAGAGAAGCGGUUAAGUUGAUGAGGGAAAACGGAGGUGAGGGUCACGUGGUUCAUGUUAACAGUGUGGCAGGUCAUCGAGUAACGGAUAUUCCGCUCAUGAAUGUUUAUUUUGCCUCAAAGCAUGCGGUAACAGCGUUGGCCGAGACUUUGAGGCUGGAUUUGAGGAGAGAGGGGAGUAGGAUUAGAGUCACAAGUUUAAGUCCAGGUUUGGUCGAAACUGACAUUAUUCGAUGUUUUGACGGAAAUCAGCAACUGGCGAAGGUGAUAGAAAUGGCCCCAAAGUUGCACCCUGAGGAUAUCGCCAACGCGGUUUCGUACGUUUUGGAGACACCUCCCCAUGUACAAGUCACAGAACUAACAAUUAGACCUACCGGUUCUCUUUAAAAUUUUGUUUUGUGCUAAUUUUUUGUAGGACUGAACAAAAUAAAGUUGUUUUUAACAGA